UUGUUUUUUUCUCCAGGUUCCUUUUCUUUUAUUGUAAUUUUUCUGUUUGUCACUUCGCUAUCUACAUAUUGUCCUUAUUUUUUCUUCUUUCAUUUUCUUCAAUUUUAUUCAUAGUGAAUAAUGUCAGCAGCCAAGGAGAAAUCCGCUUCCAAGUUUUGGUUUAAACUUGGUAUGGGAAAACAUAAACGUUCAUCCAUCGCCUACUCUAACACCAUGUCUGGUGCGCAUAAUUCAUCAACCACUAUCCACAACGAGGAUGACAAAAAGAGUCGACGGUUUAGCGGAUUGUGGAGUAGCAAACAUACUUGCAAAAAACGCAUGACAUAUUACGGACAGGAGAUCCCACAGAUCCAACCAAAUAUCCCCCAUUCUGCUUCCAUGCAAAGAUCCUUGGAUACCAUGUCCGAAAAGCGUCUCCACGAGAACGCAGAGCGGGACAAAAUGCCACAUGCAGAAUUACCAAAAUACAACGCAGAUCCAAACCCGCUGGCAAACCACGUGAACCCCCUUCCGCAGCAAGUAGAUAUGGAGAGACAUAAACCGUUGGCAGGAUCAGCAAAAAGGAAUGGGUCUACGUCUGUAGCACGAGAAAACGAGAAUAAUCCAUAUUAUGCAAUGCCAUUACAAGGUAGAUCAGAUAUUGAUGAUCCAAAGGAGAAACGGCAGCCGGAAAGUAGGGCCAGUGCCAGAACCAACAACCAUGACGAAAAAAGUGCGCUGCUGGAUCAGCUAAACCAACGUCAAAUCAAACCCAACUCUAGACGAGACGUUUCUGCAAGGGCAACAAACGACAGCUUUUCCCAUCCCACAACAUGUUGCCAUUCGUCCCAGGAUUCCGAUUCUCCAUGCCACGAUCAACUGUCAGCGACCAAUACGAUCAACACAGACUCAGAGUCAGAGAUAAGCAUAACAAGAUUGCAGCACGAGGCGGCGCAAGCCAUUGACGCAAGCGUGAUUCAAUCACUCCAGAAAGAACUGGAACAGGAACGGUCCAUUGUCAUGGUGUUACAAAGACAGAAGCAAGCCAUUGCCAAGGAUCUGGAUUAUUUCAGCCAAACCGUGGAUGAGCUUACUACAGUCAAUGGGACGUUAAAGCAACAACUCGAACAAGAAAAGAUCAAUAACAAGCAAAAGGAAGAAGAUCUCAAUGUGUUGUUGGAAAAGUUGAAAGCGGCCAAUGCUUCCGCAAGAGAGCAAUCUUCCAUGGUCGACCAAAUUCAAGGAGAGCUCGAGUCAGCCCAUACAGAGAUACAAGAGGAGCGAGAAAAGCUCCAAAGGUGUCAAAUGGACUUGCGAGACAAAAAUGAGGAGAGUGAAACAUUAAAGACUCGAUUACAAGAGAAAGACGAACAAGUCAUUUCACUAAAGUCUCAAUUGUAUGCGAAAAGCGAAGAGACCGAUUCGUUAAAGAGUCAGCUACAGCAAGCGCACGAACAACUCCAGAUCCUGAAAUCGACGAUCGAGCAAUUGGUGAAAAUGCAACAAAGCAUGAAUAUUGCUCGCCCUGUCAUCAGCGCCUCCUCUCCACUGACAGAUUCUCUCCUUCACACGCCAAGUGCAUCUCCUCGUAUCCAGCCUGCACACACACCGGUCCUAACGAGGGAUGAAAAGCCCCUGCCUCGCAGUAGCAAGCUACCCAAAUCAGGAUCCAACUUAAUGACGGUUUCUGCCUCCACCUCAUUACUGCCCACCUAUGGUCGUCGAGAUAAACGGGAUUCUCUCGGCCCUGACGACUCCUCUUCUUCCAGCGAUGAAGUAUCCUCACCUACUUCUCUUCAAGGAGAUAAUCUGGAUAUACAGCUCGUCCAUCUGACAAAGAAAAAAGAAAAGUUACAAUCUUCUUAUUCAAAGAUCCCGCUGUCAGGAGGCGGUCCUCAAACCCGUCGACGUAAAGAGGAAUUGGAGAAUAUGCUUGAUGAAGUAGAUAGCCAACUCAGCAAAGUCAAGCAAAAGAUUAAAAGAAUGUAAAAAAAAGAUUCUGAAAAAUGUUUAAAAAUGCAAAAAAUACAUAUAUUACAGAGUAUAUCUAUCAACUCGUUCACCAGAACAAGUGAC